UGCUGGGGUCCUAGUUGUUGAGUAAGCCUUCAUUAUAUAAAACAUCUUCUACCUCCCCCAGCAGCCAUUAAAGGGGGUUUCACACACACACACAAUUUUGUGGCAGUAUAUUCCAGAUAAAGACAUAAGUGGAUUCAAACGUAAUUGGAAACAUAAAAUGAUAUAUACUUCUUUGUGCUGAAUCCACUUCCGGCUUUAACUUUUUUUUUUUUAAAUCGAAUGGAAACUUGCUACAAAACGCGGUGUGUGAACCCUCUCUUUCCCAGCCACAACGAUAUCCUUACAAGUGGUGAGCUGAUUAAAACUAGGGAUUACAGCUGUACCGGUCACGGCUCGAACCCUCAGAGCCCGCCGUUUCUCCUUACAAAGCACUGCGUCACAACGCAGCAUUUUUUAACAUACAGUACAGCAGUGGGAAGAGACCAUUCAAACCCCGCCCUCCUGUGAUUGGCGGAAAAACAAUCAUGAAGCGUCGUGCGCAAGCGCGCAAAGCUGUUGGCCAGGCCCGGCGUGGAGCUGAUGGGGAUAGGUCUGACACAACGGAACUUUGUCACGUGGGGCGUCGUCUGCCGGCGCGGAGGUCGCUGGAGUCCAAGAUGGCGGCGGAGCUUGUGGAAGCGAAGAACAUGGUGAUGAGCUUUCGGGUGUCAGAUCUGCAAAUGCUUCUGGGAUAUGUUGGACGCAGUAAAAGUGGUUUGAAACAUGAGCUUGUAACUCGUGCAUUGCAACUCGUACAGUUUGAUUGCAGCCCUGAAGUCUUCAAGAAAAUAAAGGAGCUUUAUGAGACUAGGUAUUCAAAAAAGGCCACUGAUGUUGUCCCCACUGCCCCAGUGCCACCACCGCAUCGAUCACCAGACUCUUUGGCUGUCCAUCCAUCUUACGAUCAUGGAACCCAAGGCCCAAGGACUUCUCUUUCUCCAGCUAAUAUGGACUACACGGCCCUCUAUGGCAAACAUGUUAAUGGCCUUUCUCGAUUACCUCCCAAAAUAAUGACCAAACCUGAGGUUCGACUUGUGAAGCUGCCCUUUUACGAUGUAGUGGAUGAACUUUUAAAGCCAACGGAGCUUGUUGCACAGAACAAUGAAAAGCUCCAAGACAGUCCUUGUGUCUUUGUACUGUCUCCAAGACAAGUGGACCUAAUAAAGAAUUCAAGGGACUUACAUCCUGGCACCAAAUCUGUUCAAGUUGUCUUGAGGAUUUGUUACACUGACACAAGCUGUCCGCAAGAGGAUCAGUACCCUCCUAACAUUGCUGUAAAGGUCAAUCACAACUAUUGUUCAGUGCCAGGCUACUACCCCUCCAAUAAACCUGGUGUUGAACCCAAGAGGCCAUGUCGCCCAAUAAAUCUUACCAAUCUAAUGUAUCUGUCUUCAGCUAGCAACAAAGUAACAGUCACAUGGGGAAACUAUGGAAAGAGUUAUUCGGUGGGCUUAUAUUUGGUGAGACAGAGAACCUCAUCUGAACUAUUACAACGUUUAAAAACCAUUGGAGUUAAACACCCAGAAUUGUGCAAGACCCUUGUAAGGGAAAAGCUGCGUCUAGACCCAGACAGUGAGAUUGCUACCACUGGCGUCAGAGUUUCACUUAUCUGUCCGCUUGUGAAGAUGCGCUUAACUGUACCUUGUAGAGCAGAGACCUGUGCUCAUCUGCAGUGCUUUGAUGCAGUCUUCUAUCUUCAAAUGAAUGAAAAGAAGCCAACGUGGACCUGCCCUGUGUGUGACAAACCGGCUCAGUAUGAUCAGCUUAUAAUUGAUGGACUUCUGUCAAAGAUCCUCAGUGAGUGUAAGGAUGCAGAUGAAAUAGAAUUUUUGGUUGAUGGUUCUUGGCGUCCAAUAAAAGCUGAAAAAGAGAGAAGCUGCAGUCCAGUCUGUCCUAUUCUUGAUUUAGGUUCUCCAGAAAUGACAGCAAAGGUUCCCCCUCCAAGCAGCGCAGUGUCAACUGAGAAUGGAAAACCUGGGCCAGAUGUGGUGGAUCUGACACUGGACAGCUCUUCGUCUUCAUCGUCCUCCUCUGAAGAAGACGAAGAAGAGGAGGAGGAGGACCGCCCAGCACAUAAGAGACGCUGCUUUGAGAAAGGGAUUUUAUCAGCUUGCUGACCCCUUCCUGCUUUCUUACUAUGGACUUGGACCUUAAAAUAGAAAAUUAACGCAGCUGGGUGCUGUUGUCCCCUCUUCCUACCAAGACCUGUAUGCAUCGCGAAGUUUGCAAUCCCUUCUACUUGUACAAUUUAGGAGGCAUAGAACAUCAUGUUGACCUGCAGUGGGUUAAUAUUCUUUUUGUCUUCACCCCUCCCCCUUUUUUUAUUUUAAUUUUUUUUUUAUAAAUGUAUAUUGGAAGUUGGUCCAGGGGAGAAAAUCAUUCCAUGCCUCCUUAUCAACCACUCUCCUUGCCUUGAGAAACAAGUUUAAAGUGCAGACUUUUCUCCCCCUUAUGCUCUCAUGUAUUAGCAGUGAGGGGGCACAGUAGUAAAGUAAAAUAUUUGGAGCAGUUGGGUUGUCAUUGAAGGGAUGUUAAUGUUUUAGUGAAAAAUUAAAGGCAAAAAGAUUAAUACUGUAAAUAUCUAUUUAGAGAUGAACCUGGAUGAUGACUGAGCCAUUGUGGAAUGGAGGAAAGAAUAUGGCCAGCUCAAUAUACUAAUUUCUCACUUCCUACAGAUUUAUAGGAGGUGCAGUUUUAUUUGUUCUAUUUAGUAAUAUGCAAAAACUGGGGUGUGUUUAGAUUUUUGUAACUGAGGGGUGGGAGAGGGGUUUACAUAAUGCUUUCAAUCAAACUACCUCUCUGCUAUUCAGGUUUUUGUUUCUGUGCUAGUUAGGGGAGGGGUUAAUGCUGCUCUAUACUUUCUUUCUCCUCCCCACAAUGACCCCUUAAGAACCUUCACUCUGCUGCCCCCCUCACUCCAUAUACAACUUUUUACUCGUCAUCGAAAACUUCUCCACAGCCAUUUUUUUUUUUCUGUUUCCAAAUUACAGCUAUAACCCCCAGUGCCCCAGCACCAUUGCCCCCCAAUCUCCAACUUUAUAAACAAAUGUAUUGCACUUGUUAAAAUUCAUAGGGAUAGGAAGUCCGAGUAAUCCACUUCCAGCUGAGUCUCAGCAUACGUCACAUAAGGAGCAAACAUAUUUUCAAGGAUUUCCUGGUCUCUCCACAGCUUUUAGGAGCCUCUGAAACAUCUUACUAGAUCUUAAAUAUAUUCUCUUAUUUUCAUUCUCUAUAGUCAUACAUGGUUAGGUAAUCAGGUCUUAUUUGUAUACUGUUUGUCGAUAAGUCCUGAAUGGUUAACAGAUGUUUGCCUCUCAGGUAGUUUUUCGGUCAUGUUCUUCACUUGACCAUCAUCUCAUAAAAUCUGCUCAUAAAAAUACAGCUUGUUCUGUCACAAUUGUGAAACUCACUGUAGCUCUAAAAUUUAAUCAGGUUUUAAAGGAAACCUGUCAUUACUUUUAUGCUGCGCAAACCCUGGGCAGCCCCUAGCAGCUUCUUCCUGCCCUACCGUAUAUGUUUAUGGAUCGUUCUCAAAGUAUUGCGAAUCAAUGCCAGCAGCCUAGGCAGAAACCCCUCCCCACAUGACUUGAUGUUCAGGCAGUAUGAAAGUGACAGUUUUCCUUUUAAAAUGGUUGCAAAUCAUGCUUAGCAUAAUGUACACCUGUAACAAAAAGCUGGAUCUGCAUGUAAACAAGCAGUUGGCAUUCAGACCUGAUUAUGGGUGCUUCCUGCAUGGAGCAAUACAUAGCUCUAGUGAAAAUUGAGUGUGUCAUUGUCAAGAUAAAAAAGUGUAACAAAACAUAAUUGUUACACUGUUUUUGUGUGGUUUUUUUUUAGUUUUUUUUUUCUUAUUGGCUUUGAAGUCACAUCAAUGUAACUCAAUCUUCCUCCUGGUCCUCCACUUCAGUUUCAUAGUUGCACUUAGCACUUAUUGGAGGUCCUAGGAAUAACAGUGCCAGCAAUAGCCUGAGUGUAUUUAAUUGUAUUGCCAGCUUUUUAAUAUCAUCAUAUUUUUGAAUAAUCACCUAGUACAGGCACUGUUAGAGAU